AUGCAAUUCACAAGAUUGACGCCAGUGCAACGCGAUGAGAUGCGCGCCUUCAUCGCAGGUGUACAUUACGCCAUUCCACCAUCGCCAACUCUCCUUAGCAGGGAAGAACGCCGCGAGUCGGGCGACGACUUGUUUUUCUCCAGGGUGGCUGGAAGCAUCUUGGGUAACGGCUCGCCGGCGACCAAAGACAUCGCCCGCUCUUUGCUGCAGGAAAGCCAGGAAGGCAUGGGAGGGAGAGUUGUGAAGGCGAAGAAGAACGUCGUAGAGAAGAAGAAGGUCAUAGCGAAGAUGUACGCCGCCGCAGAGAAGAUUGAAGCAGCUACAAAGAUGAUCUUGGAGGCCGGACAGAAGAAGUAG